AUGGUGCAAAGUAAUAAAGUUCGUUUAACAUUUAAGGAACAAAUGGAUGGGUUCCCAUGGACUCAGUUAAUGAUAAUUUCUUUAGUAAGGUUUAGCGAACCAAUUGCAUUUACCUCUCUAUUUCCAUAUGUAUAUUUCAUGGUUAAUGAUUUCCAUAUUGCACCAAAUGAAGCGCAAGUUUCUAAAUAUUCAGGGUACUUAUCUUCAUCGUUUGCACUUUGUCAAGUUUUAUCAUCCUUUCAAUGGGGGAAAUUUGCUGACAAAAAUGGUAGGAAACCCGCACUAUGCUUUGGGUUAAUUGGUACCUCUGUUUCCCUUUUGGUGUUAGGCUUUUCAACGAAUUUUUACCAGGCCUUACUUGCAAGAUCAAUGAUGGGAUUAUUAAAUGGGAAUGUGGGUGUUUUGCGUACGGUUAUUGGAGAAAUUGCCACCCAAAGGAAGCACCAAGCAUUGGCAUUUAGUACAAUGCCCCUAUUGUGGCAAUUUGGCUGUGUGAUUGGUCCAAUGAUUGGGGGUUAUUUGGCUUAUCCAUUAGCUGACCCUUCUAGAAAUCCACCAACUUGGUUUCCAGUUUUUAUUUUAAAGUUGGUUAAGAAAUAUCCAUACUGUCUACCCAAUAUUGUGGUUUGUUGUUUGUUACUUCUCGGAUUGGUUAAUGCCAUAUUGUUUUUAGAAGAAACACAUCCUAUUCAUAAAUAUAGGAAAGAUUACGGAGUGGAAUUUGGGGAUAUGCUCAAAAGAAAAUUAUUGUGCAUUAAACCAAAAGAAAGACCAUGGAAUAUCCAAACGGCUACAGUUACAUCCGAUGAACAUACACAUUUGUUGGAACCAGAAACCGCAACCCAAGCUGUAAAUGAUGAUGAAGAUACAGAUACCUAUUAUAGUGAUAGUGAUAGUGUCCCAUCUUUAGAACACGUUUUAACUAGAAGAGAGUCGGUAGCCUUGAUCAGAACGUACUCUUUGCGUGAGAACACAGAUAUAACUGAACAGGAAGAGCAAGAUGCGCCAAUUGCCUCUGAUGGUUGUAAAGAUUCGGGCAUCUGGCACCAAAUAUUUCAUACCAAAGUCUUUUAUCCCAUAUCGGUCAAUUUUAUCAUGUCAUUACAUUUGAUUGUUUAUGAUGAAUUUUUGCCGGUUUUUUUGGCAUACGAUUUGGCAGUUAAACAUCUACCUGAUGGUUCUACUAAGUUGCUAAGCAAGUUUCCAUGGAAAAUUAGUGGUGGAAUCGGAUUCAAACCGGAACAGACGGGUACAUUGUUAUCGACGACUGGUAUGUUUGGAUGUUUUGUGGUAAUUUUCAUUUUCCCGAUCAUUGAUCGUGCAUUUGAUUGUCUAACUAUAUUUCGGAAAUUUGUUCAAUUAUAUCCAAUAAUGUAUAUAUUGGUUCCCUAUGUGAUUUUCCUACAAAAAGAUAGUGUGCCAAAAUGGAUAACCCCAAUUUAUUUGUACUUUAUCACUGGCUUGAAAACUCUAGUUGGAGCUGUUUCUUUCCCACAAAUCAUGUUGUUGAUUCAUAAUACCAGUCCGUUAAAGUAUAGAGCUGUUAUUAAUGGGGCUACGAUAAGUUGUAGUGCUGCUGCUAGAUUUAUUGGCCCUUUAAUUUGGGGUUGGUUAAUGUCUUGGUCUCAGCAAAAUGAUGUGGCGUGGUUAAGUUGGUGGUCUUUGGGUGGAAUUAGUUUAAUUGCUUUGUACCAAAGUUAUAAAAUCGAUCCAAUAGAUGAGGAUUCUUUUGGUAACACUGAUUCUACUGCUAGUACUAAUGAUAACCAUGAUAAUUUCAGUCAAUUAGAGGCUGGCACAUCAAAAAAUAAGAAGCGUUCAUUAAUGUAUAUGGGAAAUAGAUCACGUAGAGUGUCUUUACCAACAUCAAGAUUAUCAACUAAUUAA